AUCUACACUAAGGCUUGAGGAGAGGCUACGAUUCCUCAACAGACUGCCCGUUUCUCUGCCAAGGCCCCGGAUGAUGACACCCCCGCUCCUCUACCUGCUGCAGACGGAGACGGGACGCUAGCGCAGGCGGCAGGUGUAGGAAGCAGUCCCGGGAGCCGCUCAAGGAGACGCUCACUGCAGCUACUCCAGGGCCUCCCACCCCCCACAUGGUGGCCGCGGCAGUCUAGGACCAUCCAGCGCCCCCGCAACUCGACGCCAGCGCCUCAACCGACCACCUCUUCGCCAGCGGGAACGGUGGGAGUAGGAAAGUCCAUCCUCCGGCUACUCCUCGCAUUGUCUCUCGCGUCAUCGGCCCACCGCGGGCCAAUCAGGCAACGCGCCCUUCCUGUUUUCCUUUUCUACCAUUGGCUGAAGGGAAUCGGCUCUGUGUUGCUUCCCGGCCCGCUUCAGCUUUCGCAUCAUCGCAGAGCCGCACCACUGAAAGAGCGGCGCUAACUUCCAGCGCGAUCUGAUUGGCUAACUAGGGACAGCGAGGGGGGUAUGCGCGAGGAAGUUGUAAGGGCGGUACGUGGUUGCGCGUGACGAGAAAGAUGGCGGCGGCUACUGGGGAGAGCGAAGGGGGUGAAGUCGGCGGAGUCUAUCAACACCAUGCGCAGCGAGCGGUCUGUGCUUCGCGGGCUAAGUAUCGUGAGGGCCGGAGACCUCGCGCUGUGAAGGUAUAUACUAUCAACUUAGAGUCUCGAUACUUGUUGAUACAAGGUGUUCCAGCCUUGGGUGUAAUGAAGGAAUUAGUUGAGCUGUUUGCAUUAUAUGGCACCAUUGAAGAAUAUAAUCCAUUAGAUGAUUACCCAGCAGAAGAAUUUACAGAAGUUUAUCUAAUCAAGUUUCAAAAGAUACAGAGUGCAAGGAUAGCCAAGAGAAAAUUGGAUGAGCGGAGUUUCUUUGGUAGUUUAUUGCAUGUGUGUUAUGCCCCAGAAUUUGAGACUGUACAGGAGACCAGAGAAAAACUACAAGACCGACGGAAGUAUAUAGCAAAAGUAACUAAUUGCACAGAUCGGUUACAAGUGAAGAAACAGAAUUUGAAUACAUGUUUUAAAAAGACUUUUCAGCCAGAUGCUCCUGGAUUUCAUACAUCUGAAAAAGCUACUAAUAACUGGAAUCUACCUGCGCAUAUUCAUGAUCCUGGGCUGUCACCCUGUUGUAAACACUCACUGAACAAUGCAGAGUCUGCUUCAGAAGAGUGUUGUCAAAAUACAUUGCUAGCACCUCAGUGUGCUACAGAGUGUGCUGAAACAUCUGAGUACUAUGGACAGAGGACACUAAUCCCUCAGCGUGUACAACAAGGAAUACAGAGUAUACCAGCCCAUUGCACCCUGCAGAGAGAACUUGUCUGUGACAGUGGACUCAGUAGGUUUAUGCCUCGAACAACUCAGCUACAGGAACGAAAAAGAAGACGAGAUGAAGGCAACAAAUUUGCCCUCAUUGGGAAAGACACUGAUAAUACAGAAAUAAUUAUUGGUCCAAGGCUACCAGAAUCACCUAAAAUAGACAUGGAUGAUGAAUCAUUGAACACCUCAGCAAGCUUAAUUCGAAAUAAACUUAAGGAGGUUACACUUCCUGUUAAAGUUCCAGAACUGUCUGGGGAGAUGUUACUGAGUAGUCCAACAAAGCCAACUGUGAAACAAAGGCGACGAAUAUAAAUACUACUGAUAACAUCUUCUAUGUAUUUAAAAGAUACUGUUUUGACAGUUCACAAAGCAAUGUAGUUUUACAAUAUUAAAAUGCUUUUUGUACCUUUA